AUGUUACCUAAGAAGUUUCCACAAAUUUUAGACAUCAACGAAUGCGUCGCAGACAACGGUGGAUGUCAUCAUGACUGUGUAAAUACCAUAGGAACAUUCUACUGUCGAUGUUGGGCAGGAUUCGAAUUGGAAGAGAAUGGAAAGACUUGCAAAGAUAUUGACGAAUGUGCAAUCUCAAAUGGUGGAUGUUCGCAUCGUUGUGUGAACUCGCCAGGUGGUCAUCGUUGCGAAUGCCCUCCUGGAAUGCAAAUCAACUCCGGAGGCAGAAAAUGUGUUGGUGAGUCAUUCGAUAGGCAUGCUGUAGUGUAAUA